AUGAACUUGGAGGGCGGCGGCCGCGGCAACGGCGGCGGGAUGAGCUCGGUGAGCUGCGGCAACGGCAAACUCCGCCAGUGGCUGAUCGAGCAGAUUGACAGCACCAAGUACCCGGGCCUGGUGUGGGAGAACGACGAGAAGAGCAUCUUCCGCAUCCCCUGGAAGCACGCUGGCAAACAGGACUACAACCGCGAGGAGGACGCGGCUCUCUUCAAGGCUUGGGCUCUCUUUAAAGGAAAGUUUAGAGAAGGCAUUGAUAAGCCAGACCCUCCUACUUGGAAGACAAGGCUGCGCUGUGCUUUGAACAAAAGCAAUGACUUCGAAGAACUAGUUGAAAGAAGCCAGCUGGAUAUAUCAGACCCAUAUAAAGUAUACAGGAUAGUACCAGAAGGAGCAAAAAAAGGUGCAAAACAGCUUAGUAUGGAGGAUCCACAGAUGAUUAUGAAUAAUGCUUACACCAUGAAUUCACCAUACCCUUCAAUACCGUCUCAGGUGCCAAGCUACAUGGUGUCUCAUGACCGUAACUGGAGGGAAUAUGUUCCGGAGCAGUCACACUCUGACCUUUCGUACCAGUGUCCAAGCAUUCCUUUCGCAGCUCAUAAUCAUCACUGGCAAAGUCCAGCAUGUCAAAAUGGUUGUCAGGUCACUGGAACCUUUUAUGCUUGUGCACCACCUGAGGCACAGACUCCCGGGAUCCCAAUAGAGCCAAGCAUAAGGUCUGGUGAAGCUCUUUCAUUGGCAGAUUGUCGACUGCACAUCUGUCUGUAUUACCAUGAAACUCUGGUAAAAGAAGUCACAACUUCAAGACCUGAGGGCUGUAGGAUAUUUCAUGGCCAAAGUUAUGAGAUCAGCAACACGGAACCAGUUCUGUUCCCUUAUCCGGAAGAUCAUAGCCAGAGGAAAACAACUGAGAAAUUGCUAAGUCACCUGGAAAGGGGGGUAUUACUCUGGAUGACACCUGAUGGGCUCUAUGCUAAGAGACUUUGUCAAAGCAGGAUCUAUUGGGAUGGGCCUCUGGCAUUUUGCAGUGACAGGCCUAACAAGUUGGAAAGGGAGCAGACAUGCAAACUUUUUGAUACUCAGCAAUUUUUAUCAGAACUACAAGCAUUUGCCCACCAUGGCCGGCCAUUACCUAGAUUCCAGAUUGUGUUGUGUUUUGGAGAGGAGUUUCCAGAUCCACAAAGGCAGAGAAAACAAAUUACAGCCCAUGUUGAGCCAAUGUUCGCAAGGCAGCUAUACUACAUGACACAGCAAAACACUGGACCUUUUCUAAGAGGCUAUGAUUUAUCAGAACAAGUCACCAGUUCAGAAGAUUAUCACCGAUCCAUCCACCAUUCCUCUGUUCAAGAAUAA